AUGUCUGAAAUGAGAUCUGUCGCCUACUUUGUGAACUGGGCGAUCUAUGGUCGCAACUACAAUCCGCAGGAUUUACCAGCGGGGAAAUUGACCCAUAUCCUGUACUCGUUUGCCAAUGUCCGCCCGGAGAGCGGCGAAGUCUACCUGACCGACACUUGGUCCGACAUUGAGAAGCACUACCCAACUGACUCUUGGAAUGAUGUGGGCACCAAUGUGUAUGGAUGUGCCAAGCAGCUAUUCCUUCUCAAGAAGCAAAAUCGCAAGCUGAAGGUUUUGCUGUCGAUUGGCGGUUGGACAUAUUCCGCCAAUUUUGCCCAGCCUGCGAGCACCGACGAGGGUCGUACCGAGUUUGCCGAAUCAGCAACCCGUCUGAUUCUAGAUCUCGGAUUCGAUGGCCUCGAUAUCGAUUGGGAAUACCCUAAAGAUGAAAAUGAGGCCGAGAAUCUUGUUCUUUUGCUUCAGAAAUGUCGUGAGGUCCUGGACAGAGAGGCUGGACCCGAUCGCCAUUUCUACCUGACGAUCGCUUGCCCUGCUGGGCCCAGCAACUACGAAAAGAUGAAGUUUCAAGAAAUGACCCCGCUUCUGGACUUUUACAACCUGAUGGCCUAUGAUUUUGCCGGAAGCUGGGACGCCAAUGCUGGUCACCAGGCAAACCUCGUUCCCUCGAGCUCUAACCCUGCGUCCACGCCAUUCUCCACCGAUGCCGCUCUGAACUACUACAUCAACGUCGGGGGCGUGCCGCCAUCCAAAAUCGUCAUGGGCAUGCCGCUAUACGGACGUGCCUUCGAGAACACCGAUGGACCUGGUGCCCCAUUCUCGGGAGUCGGUCAAGGCAGUUGGGAGAAUGGAGUGUGGGACUACAAGGCGCUACCAAGACCUGGAGCGGAAGAGCAGUUUGAUGAGGAAUCUGGCGCUUCAUGGUGUUAUGACGGUAGCUCGCGCACAAUGGUUUCUUACGACACUCCCUAUAUGGCGCGGCUGAAAGCAGACUACAUCCGCCAGCGUGGGCUGGGUGGUGGCAUGUGGUGGGAAAGCAGUGGCGACAAGGGAGGCCGAGAAGCCAAUGCGGCCGAUGGCAGUCUGAUCGGUAUUUUUGUCGACGGCAUCGGUGGCGAGGAUGCCCUAGAUCAGACGGAGAACGCCCUGAGUUACCCGGAGAGCAAAUAUGCCAAUGUUCAGUCCGGUUUCCCGGACCAGUAG